AUGAAGCCAAUUUUAUUUAUAUUAUUAUUUAUCUUAUUCAAAAAUAUCGCUGCUCGAGGACCACCUAUUCUUUUACCAGAAACACCAAAUCUUAUAACAAUCGAUCUUAAUGAAAAUGAACCAUUAGAAUUACAUUGUCCAGUUAUGAUUACACCUGAUUUAUCUGUUCAAUGGUCAAAAAAUAAUGAAGAUUUGGAUCCAAUGUGGUCAACAACAAAUUUAGUCAUAAGACGAUUUUUAUUAAAAAUUCAUCAUAUACAUUUAAAUGAUGCUGGUUUAUAUAAAUGUAAUGUUGUUAAUGGAUUUGGUAAUGUUCAAGCACAAUUUCGAGUUGAUGUUAAAUCAAAUGGAACAUUAGCGACUAAUAUUCUAAGUAAUGAACAACAAAAUAUUCUACCUUGGGAUAUGGAAUCAAUGAAUGGAGAAGCACCUGUAUUUCUUUCACGAACUGAUAAAAUUCAAAGUGAACCAACGAAAGUUAUUCAACCUGAAACUACGACAGCUCAAUUAAAAUGUUUAGCGUCUGGUAAACCAUCACCAGAAAUACGAUGGAAGAAAAAUGGUAAAAUAUUAUCAGAAGAUGAAUAUGGUUUAACACAAAGUCAAAUAUUAAACAUUAAAGAUUUACGUCAAUCCGAUACAGGAAAUUAUACAUGUGAAGUAUUCAAUUCAUUUGGUAGUAUCAAUGCAACAUAUAUUCUUAUUGUUACUGAAAAAUUACAUUUUUUUGGUAAUGAUCCUGAAAAUACAAGUAUUGAAAUUGGUCAAACAGCAAUACUUAAUUGUCGUGUACAAACAAAUGAUCCAACAACAAAAAUUCAAUGGUUAAAAAAACUUACUAUUCAACAAUUAUUUCGUCCUGAUGCUAUUGUAUUUGGUUCUGAACAAUAUGAAAAUAUUGAACAAUCACAAGAACAACAAUAUUCAAAUAAUAUUCUUUCAAAACCACUAAUUAUUCUAAAUGUUAAUAUACGAGAAAGUGGAGAAUAUAUUUGCGUUAUUCAAAAUGAUAAGGCUACAAAUUAUAAAAAAGCUUUUGUUAAUAUUAUUGAUAUACGUAAAGGUAUAUUAUCAUCAACAAAUAAUAAUAAUAUUUUACUUUAUGUUAUUAUCAUUCCUUUAUUUGUUCUUGGUUGUAUACUUUUCUUAAUAUUUUGUAUUCGUCAUUAUCAUCAUCAAAAACAUCAACGUCAUUCACAUUGUACAGAUAGUUUAAAAUCUUCAAUAAAACCACGAUUACCAUUAAUUCAUCCUAAUGCUAUUAUUGUUUCAUCUCAUACAAGUAAUGAUUAUGUUGCAGAUAGUAUAGAUUCAAUACCGAUUACUAGACAAUAUCAACAGCAACGAUAUAUGCCAUCUGCUUCAUCUGAUUUAGGAUCUCUUACAAGUUCAAAUUUGUAUUAUGCACGACUACAAGCACUGUAA